CUUCCUAGUUGUUUAACAUUUUUCUUUGGUGCAAAAAAAAGGAAGAAUUUGGUCAGAGAUACAUUGUUCUCAUUGUUAAGAGCACAAAUGGCACUCAUCUUCCAGAAAAAGCAGAAAUGCAGAAAAACUACAUCACUUCUCAAGUCUCAAAGUUCUAUAGAGUAUGGGCGAUUUCUUCACUGCAACGAGGUUAUGGCGUUUUCUAAUGUGGUGGGGACAGAUUUGGAAUAAAACGAGGAGGGGUUUGAUUAAUUUAAGGGGAAUUGCUAAAAUUAUCCCUCAAUUUAUUAAGUUCCAUCAGGCGUGGGCCUUGGUUCUGAGGCGAGUUUUGUGCCUAAGCGUGUGCCUCAUCUCUUGGGGCGUGCGCCGAAAGGAUCUGCGCCCUUCAUUAAUGCCCGGAUGCAUUUUUCGUAUGCCCCGCCCCAAUUCGCGCCCCGAGACUGGCCCAUAAACGCCCCUAAAAACACUGGCAUAGAUCUUUGGUUCUUCUAUAUGACUUCUAUCAGUUUAUUUGUAUUCUUAUAUAAAUCUUGAGUGAUAUUUCCGUUAAACAGAAUUAAAGAGACUAAGGCCAUACAAUAACAACAAACCUACAAAGUGGGGUAUGGGGAGAGUAGACUGCAUGCAGAUCUUACUCCUACUUUACGAAGGUAGAGUGAUUGUUUCCGAUAGACCCCGGCUGAAGAAGAAAAAACUAAAAAGGAAACAGAAAUAACAAGUAGUAACCAUAGCAAGCAAAGGUGAUAUAAUAGCCGUACCAAGAUGAAAUAUUUAUCAUUGUAUAGCGAAAAAUUUCAGCAGUUGGGGUUUUUUGGGGGGGUGGGGGUGAAAGUGUUAAAUUUGAAGUCACUUACCAAAUAAUUCUAAUUAUCCAAAAAGCCAGGUUUAAUUUCUGGCCUUCUUAAUAUUUGAUCUUAAGUGCCUCUUAAAUCCAAGUUAAUCUACCUUUUGAGUUAAGAUGAGUGUGUUAGACAACUUGAUAGUUAAUAUCUCCAUAUUCUGCGAAAGUGAUCUUUUCCCAUUUAUCGAGCAUAUUAAUUAUUAAAAAAUGUAUUGUGUGCGUCUGAACUCUUCUUUUUUUCCUCUUCUCCUUAUCCAGUCCUCUGUUUCUAAUUUCUUCUAGAGCUGAGUCCAUCAGUGUUUUGUGAAAUGGAGAGCAAAACAAAUGAAAGAUUCAGAAUCGAUCAAUUCAAAUUCGAGGAGUAACAGUAGCCACAAGAGAGAAAGGAGCUUGCAGAUUGAAGGAUACUCAAUAGAAGGGAUAUCAAUAGCAGGUCAUGAGACAUGCAUAAUAGUUCCCACGCUUAAUUUAGCCUUUGAUAUUGGCAAGUGCCCUCAGCGUGCCAUCUCCCAGCAAUUCCUUUUCAUCUCUCAUGGCCACAUGGACCACAUUGGAGGACUACCUAUGUAUGUUGCGACUCGUGGCCUUUACAGAAUGAAACCUCCUACUAUUAUUGUACCAAAAAUUAUCAAAGAAAGUGUUGAGAAGCUUUUUGAAGCUCACCGAGCUAUGGAUCACUCUGAACUGAACCAUACUUUGAUUGGUUUGGAUGUGGGGGAGGAAUUCUACUUGAGAAAGGAUCUUAAAGUUAGAGCAUUCAAGACUUACCAUGUCAUUCCUAGCCAGGGUUAUAUAGUAUUUUCAGUGAAACAGAAGCUUAAGCAAGAAUAUGUGGGCCUUCCAGUAGAUGAAAUUAAGAAGUUAAAGUUAUCAGGUGUGGAGAUCACAUACACUACAACAGCAGCUGAAAUUGCAUUUACAGGAGAUACAAUGUCAGACUUCAUUAAGGAUUCCGAAAAUGUUGAUGCUGAUGUUUUGAGGGCAAAAAUCCUCAUAAUGGAGAGUACUUAUGUGGAGGACAAAACAACAGCUGAUGACGCAAGAGAAUAUGGACAUACUCAUCUGUCUGAGAUUAUCAAUUUCGCAGACAGGUUUCUGAACAAAGCAAUCCUUUUAAUCCACUUUUCAGCCCGCUAUCAGUUGGAUGUUAUUCAGGAGGCUAUUUCUGCAAUACCUCCGCCUUUGGCAGGCAGAGUUUUUGGCCUCACAGAAGGUUUUUGACCGAAAGCCGAAUUCACGUAUUAACUACUUUAGAAUCUCUCCUUUGAUCUAGUUCAAUCAGAUUUAUAUUUCGCCUUUAUUUGGUGAAAACAUUGAAUCUUAUUUUACUCAAAUCUUUAUUUGUAAUGUCUCGAUAUUGAUUAUUGUUUUUAAAAAGGGAAAUUAGCCAUUAUAACCUAUUACUAUCAGAAAGCCAACAAUAUUUUUAGGUUCUUGAAGUGUCUUUGUUUAGAAGGCAGAAAGGUUGUG